AUGUAAAAUGACGUUUCAGUAUCGGGGUGAAGGGGAAAAUCGGGGAAAACGCUCCGAAGCUUUUAGCCACUUUCGGAAAAGCUUGUCUAUCAACUUAAUUCUAUCAAAUCUAAAAACAAAUGACUGAUAAUAUAGUUACGGGCUAAAACUUAAUGGACUUUGAAUAACUAAACGGUUACCUAACAGUGUGUGCAUGAUAAAAAACCAAAACAAAAGUGUUUUUCCCGUGGGUUGUUUUAGCUGUUUUUACUGCCGACAAUAAAUGUCUCUCCAUAAAAUCUAGAAUAACUCGUUACGCACCAUCAGUUACAAACCUUCUGACGUAAAACAAAUCAAUAAAUUCGGCCGUAGUUACAAAACUUUCCAUCGGCACUCGUAGCUUAAAAAAAUAAUAGGCAUAAUUGAAUUAGAGUCUUAGUCUUAAUUACUUUUUAAUUAAAAUGGCCGAUGGGCAUGGAGGUAAUAGUGAGCAUCAUAGGAAGGAGAGCGUUGCGGCGGGGGUGGCGUCUGCCAGCGUGCCGAGUGACAGCCCGGUGACGGACCCUGGGCAAGUCCGUGGGGGUGCCUCGGAGGGCACUUCCGCGAGCAAGUUCGAGGGGCAGAGGGUCAAGUCCAGCGCCCUCAAGAAGUCAGCUCGAUACCGCAGCCGCUCGCUGUCGGCGUCAUCGGCUGACUCCUACAGCUCCGCUUCUUAUACCGGGUCUUCCUCAGACGAGGACGAAGGGAUCCAGCCUCACGAGAAGGCCAUCGCCGCCGGGCAGCCCAACCCGGCGCACUGCGUGAGGAACAUUGAGCAACACGCCUUCGGCAGGAGAGAGAUAGAGAUAGCUGAGCAGGAGAUGCCGGGGAUCAUAGCUCUAAGAGCCAGGGCUAAGGAGGAUAAGCCGCUGAAGGACGCUAAAAUAGUCGGCUGCACCCACAUCAACGCUCAAACAGCGGUGCUGAUAGAGACCCUAGCUGCCCUCGGAGCCACGGUGCGCUGGGCCGCCUGCAACAUCUACAGCACACAGAACGAGGUGGCGGCCGCGCUGGCCCACGCUGGCUUCUCAAUAUUCGCCUGGCGAGGCGAGAGUGAAGAAGCGUUCUGGUGGUGCAUCUCGCAGUGCUGCUCGCCCAGCGCCGCGUGGCAGCCCAACAUGAUCCUGGACGACGGCGGCGACGCGACGCACCUCAUGCUCAAGAAGCACCCCGCCGCCUUCAAGCAGAUCAAAGGUAUAGUGGAAGAGAGCGUAACCGGCGUCCACCGGCUGUACCAGCUGAGCAAGGCCGGCAAGCUGUGCGUGCCCGCUAUGAACGUCAACGAUUCUGUUACCAAGACCAAGUUCGACAAUCUGUACUCUUGUCGGGAAAGCAUAAUAGACGCGUUGAAGCGCAGCACAGACCUCAUGUUCGGCGGCAAGCAGGCCGUGGUGUGCGGCUACGGCGAGGUCGGCAAGGGCUGCUGCCAGGCGCUGAAAGCUCUGGGAUGCGUUGUAUACGUUACGGAAAUAGACCCCAUCUGUGCUUUACAAGCUGCCAUGGAUGGAUUUAGAGUCGUCAAAUUAAACGAGGUGAUCCGAGCAGUGGACAUAGUGAUCACAGCCACCGGCAACAAGGGCGUGGUGACGCGGGAACACAUGGAGAGGAUGCGCAACGGCUGCGUGGUGUGCAACAUGGGGCACUCCAACACGGAGGUCGACGUGCACUGCUUGCGGACGCCCGACUUGCUGUGGGAGCGGGUUAGGAGCCAGGUGGACCACAUAAUCUGGCCGAACGGCAAACGCAUAGUGUUGCUAGCAGAAGGCCGCCUCGCCAACCUGUGCUGCUCCUCGCUGCCUUCCUUCGUGGUCAGCGUGACCGCCGCUACGCAGGCGUUAGCGCUUAUAGAGCUGUAUAAUGCUCCUAGUACUAGGUAUAAGUCCUUGACUUUGUUAUAACAUAAGUCACGCAACUAACCUUCUAAUUUUCUCCCAUUAUUACAGGCCGACGUCUAUCUCCUACCAAAGAAAAUGGACGAGUACGUCGCGUCACUCCACUUGCCGACAUUCGACGCUCAUCUGACGGAGCUGACCGACGAACAAGCCAAAUAUCUAGGUCUCAACAAGGUCGGCCCUUUCAAACCUAACUACUACAGAUACUAGCAUUUAGAUACGACAGACUAGCCGGACUAAGACGCGACCUAUGGACGUAGGUGUUGCAAGAUGUAAGAAUGGAAAGGUAUUGCAAGAUUGAAAAAGUAUUUAUAUAUUUUUUGUAAUCCAGAUUAAGUGUGAAGAUGGCUUUUAUUAUGCUUAAGUCAUAAGAUACGGAUUUGGGUUUUUUUUGCAGUUAAGGAAUAUUUAAAGUAGUUAUAGCCCGCUUUUAAAAUAAAAGUUUUGGCUUUAAUUAUAUGAGUAAAAACAAACUUCAUCAUCUACUUAUCAAAACGCCUUAACUGAUGAGUGAAACGUUAAUUGAUACAAAAAUUGUAUCGCAUAUCCUACUACAAAUUAAUA